CUGUCAACAUCCUCUCAGCCUCAGUACCCUGGGCUUGUAUCUGAUUGGUUCCGUCAGGCUCAGGAUCCCCGCACGGGAUGUGAUUAACUGGCUGGGGCAGCUGUCCAUCAGUCAGCCAUGGCACCGAGGACUUGAUUUGUUGGGAGAGACUUUGCAAGGCCCGCUCCUCGCGAACUCCCUCAAGUUUCCCCAGUGAAAUUCCGUGAAGAUGGAGUGGAAUUCCUUGCUGAUGCUGCUGGAAGCUGCCGAAUACUUGGAAAGGAGGGAGAGAGAAGCGGAGCACGGCUACGCCUCGGUGUUGCCUUUCGAAAGCGACCACUCCGGCAGGAAAACCAAGUUCGGAAAAUCCCCAAACAACCGGUCUUCACAUAAUGAGCUAGAAAAACAUAGACGAGCUAAACUCCGGCUAUAUCUAGAAGAGUUAAAACAACUUGUCCCUUUGGGAGCAGAUAGCACUAGACACACUACACUCAGCCUGCUGAAAAGAGCCAAGAUGCAUAUUAAGAAAUUGGAAGAACAGGACCGAAAAGCACUAAAUAUUAAAGAACAAUUACAACGAGAACAUAGGUAUCUCAAGCGUAGAUUGGAACAGCUCUCCAUGCAGGGCCUGGAACGAAUUCGCACAGACAGCCUGGGAUCAACAUUAUCAACAGAUUCCGAGCAAGAGGUAGACAUUGAAGGAAUUGAAUUCACAGCAGCUGGAAUGGACAAUAGUGGAAGUACCAGCGAUGCUGAAGACAGUUUUCAAGGCAGCUCCAGUGAUGGUGGCUAUACAUAUUCCCUCAGAGUAAAUACCAGACUUCUGUAGCAUUUGACUGAACUUCUCACCUCUGGACCUUUUUGAUGGAAGCACUUACAAUGAACAAGUAAUAUAAUUCCAGAGUUGUUGAGUGCCACUUUCCCAGAAAGCCGCUACCUAUCACAAUACUCCAAAUUAUAUAUUGUCCAGAAUUCGCCGAAUUAUGAUGUAUAUUAAAUUGCAAAUCAUGGAUUUUGCAAAGUAAGAUUUUGUUUUCAACUAUUUUCAUGUAGCCGUUGUUCAAACUCUUUUAACUGUUGUGAUAGAGCGCUUUUUAAAGUCUCCCCAAUGCAAUAAGAACAAAGCUUAUUUGGUUCCUUCAGCAUUUAUAGUUUAUUAAAGUUCAAAUUCUCAGGUUUAGUGAACACUCAGCCCUCAUGAACCACUUUCCCAAAGCCUAUUAAUGAACGAGAUAGAGAUGUCCUUGUGUCACAAAAAGGAGAAAGACCUUAAGGCAUCACAAUCCAACAAAGGAAAAUUACAGAUAUAGUUGAACAUACACUGUUCUGUUCAUCUGUCUGCUCAUGAUUUCAUUGAAUUGGGCAUCUUGGGGCACAUCUAUAAUGACCACUUAGGUUGGUAUGAAAUCAGCCAAGAAAGAAGUAGUUUCAGUCUGCGGAUGAUUACGUAGAAAGUCCUUAACCAAUUUCAAGGUCUGGAUGAUGCUUAUACAACACAGAGGCUUCCAGGAUCUGCAGUAUUAUUAUUAUUAUUAGUAGUAGUAGUAGUAGUAGUAGUAGUAGUAUUUGAUACACCACAAAAUUAGUACACAGCAAACAAGAUCACUAUGCUGGCUGUUGAAUUGGAUCACGUCAGACACUUCCGAAGUGUCUAGGACUAUGUGAUGUAUCGUCGAAUAAUGCCUGCAUAUCUGAGUAGGGUGACCUUUUGCAGCUGUCAGAUGGUAAUUUUGUCAGCUUCGAUUGUUUUUAAGUGCUGGCCAAGGUCUUUAGGCACUGCACCCAAUGUGCUGAUCACCACGGGACCACCUUGACUGGCUUGUGCCAGAGUCUUUGCAGUUCUAUCUUUAAAUCCUUAAAUCAUGUCAGCUUUUCCAGUUGCUUCUCAUCAAUUCUGCUGUCACCUGGGAUUGCAACAUUGACGAUCCAUACUUUGUAUUUUUCCACGGUCAUGAGGUCAGGAGUAUUGUGCUCCAAAACUGUCAGUCUGAAUUUGGAAGUCCCAGAGGAGUCGUCAUCAUCUUCGUCAUCUUCUUAUUCUUACUCUUAUUCUUAUUUAGUGUGGAGAAAUCAUGAUGGGGUUUUUUCCACCAUCCCCUACUGCCACAAUGCGUAUGUAUGGAUCACCAGAGCACCUGUCUCUUAAUCAGUUUCUACAUGCAAUCUAGUUUCACUUUGGUGCAUUGAUGUGCAUUAUGGGCUCUAUUUUGGUAUACCCCCAAUGUUGCUUAUCCCGGUUUAAAGGUCUAAUCCACAUUGCUGCAUGUGUUUGCACUGUGCAUCAUCUAAACAUUGCACUGUCAAACUGUUUCAAACUACAUUAAGUGGUCAGUGUAAAUGUGCCUUUGGCCCAGAGUUUAUGCUCAAUUAGUAACAUUUUCUGCCCCAAUUCAUUGGAAUUGCCUAAACAACCACUCACUGCCUCCUUUCAUUUUAACUAGAAACUAUCAACAGAAAUAAGUCUUGUUAAAAUGGAGAUUAUACAUUAUUGAAAACACACGUAACCUACAGAUUGAUAACGAAAACUGUUUUAUUCCUAUCUACAGCUGCCAGUACACUGAAAUGGAAGUGGUAUCACAUUUCAGUAUGCACACUAAACAUUUUUGUUUUAUAUGCUAUAGUUGCAAUUUGAUUUCCAUACCAGAAACAAAAAAAGCUGUAAAAUAGUAUCGUUUAUUUAAUAUUGAUUAAAAUGUUUCAAAUGUAAUUAUCCUGGUUUUAGCAAUAUUACAAAGGUAUAUUUGAAUACACUUUUAGUAAAAUCAUUAGUGUUUGAACUCCUGAAAUUUAAAAAUGGACCAUCUUUACAUUACUACCAUGAUGGACUUUUUUAAAAAUUGAAAAAAAAUCUAUGUACUGUUUAGACAAAGUAUGUAUUUCCUGUAAAUAUAUUUUUAACUAUUCUCAUUUACUUACAGGGAACAUAUAAACUUAGACCAGAGUCUCAGGUACUCCUCACUUUACUCAUAUUGUGCCUUGGUAAAUAUUUUAUAUAUUUCUCUUUUUGUCUUUGUUUAAAAUAUAUGUUUUGCUAUUUCAGAAGCCUCAGUUGGAAUGGUUUAAUGGUAUCAGCUUGCCUUAUAUGAAGGACAUACUGUAAUUUUAUUCUGUUCCUUUAAUGAGAGGGGAACUAAUAGUCCCCGUGUGCUGUUUUUUUGAAGUACAGUAUUAAUUCAGGGAUGUUUUUUGCUCUUGAAAUCCAUGUUUUAAAUCAUAGAAGGAAAUCAUAGAAUCAUAGAGUUGGAAGAGACCACAAAGACCAUCUAGAUCACCCCCUGUUGUGUAGGAAAAGCACAAUCAAAGCACUCCCUCUAGAUGACCACCCAGUCUGCUUAAAAAUCUCCAAAGACAGAGACCCUAUCACACUCCAAAGUAACAUAUUCAAAACUGUCAAACGUUUCUUGCCAUCAGAUAUUAAUCCAUAUCUUUUCGGUGACCACUGAAUUCCACUAGUGAAAACACACACUCAUUCUUCUUCCCCAAACACACACAUACACACAUGUCUGCACCAGCUGUCCUCAGAAACAACCUAUAUGUUCCCCAUGAACCUUAUUUUACAGUAGAGUUAGUUUUUUCAGCAACCAAAAGUGAUUUUCCCUCCCAGUUGUUACCAUGCUGUCAUUAUCUUACAGUGCCAACCAGGGGGUUGGAACUGGCAAUGACCUUGAAAUUGCCUAAACUGAUAAAUAGUGGGAUCCAAUCCAUGUAUGCAGAAAAUGAGUCUAUUCAAAUUAAUAUUUCAGGAAGAGGAGCUUGCAGAAUCAGGACAGUGCCUUGUGAAAUUCAAGAUUCCAGUUUUUAGUAUUGAACUAAUUAAUGAAUUACAACAUAUCAACAAGAUGGAGACAACUAACACUUCGUUGUUUCCUAAAUACUUAGUGUACGUGUGUGUGUGUGUGUGUGUGUGUAUGUAUAAUAUAUAUAUAUAUAUAUAUAUAUAUAUAUAUAUAUAUAUAUAUAUAUAAUUUUCCCUUGUGUUCAAAACACAAAAAAUAAAUGCUAGCUAUAUUUUUGGCAACUUAUAACCCUUGGUGAUUUGUUCCCCAGUAGCCUAGAACUUGCCAUCAAGGAUAUGCUUUAAAAUAUAAUUAUUUUUGUAGCCAUCCCUUCUUUAGCUGUGGGAAGAGUGGCAAUGCUACAAACCCUGGCAGCAUGAUUUCAAAUUUAUAGCUCUCUUUUGCGCUGUUUUGACAUGUUACACAUGUAUAUUUCAAAUGUUCUUGUUGGGAAAGGUACAUUAGCAAUAUAAGUAUUGUGUGUAACUGAUAAGCAGUAUUUUUAUUUCAUGUAUUUUAAUUUUAAAAUCAUUUUAGAUGUUUUACUUCAGUAAAGUGGGUCAAACGGCCUACUUGUAUCAUUGCUUUACUUUAGAGUAUAAUGCAUUUACUAAUGGCUGUGAAAUGUUUUCUUUCAUAAAAGCAGCUCUUGCAUAAAACAUUUUUUUAAAAAUCUAGGAAAAAAUUAAUGAUUAACAUUGUUGACCUUAUGCCACUCUAACAUUUGUGUUUGUAAAAUGAAUGUAUAUACUUCGACGAACCUUCCAUACUGGCUCACGGUGGCUUUUGUAGAUCUUUUAUAUUUUCAAUAAAGAUUAUGCCAGUA